AUGGGUAAAGGAAAAGAUAAAGUAACAGAAAAAGCUCCAGCAAAAACUAAAUUUUUUGUAGCUGUUAUGGGUGCAGGUUCAGUUGGUAAAUCAGCUUUAACCGUCCAGUUUACACAAGGUGUUUUUAUUGAUAAGUACGAUCCAACAGUUGAAGAUACUUAUACAAAAACAUUUGAGUUGGAAGGUGAAUCAGUUUGUAUUGAAGUUUUAGAUACAGCAGGAUCAGAAGUUUUAGUAGCAAUGAGAGAAUUAUAUAUGAAAAAUGCAGAGGGUUUUAUUUUAGUUUAUAGUAUACUUGUUAAAUCUACAUUUUUAGAAAUUAAAGAUAUUGUAGAACAAUUAUUUAGAGUUAAAGAAGAAGAAGAGGUACCAAUUGUACUUGUUGGCAAUAAAAUUGAUCUUGAUGCUCAUAGAGAAGUUUCAACAGCCGAGGGUAAACAAUUAGCAAGCUCUUAUCCAAAUUGUGAUUUUUGGGAGGCCUCCUCUAAAGAUAGAAUCAAUGUAGAUAAUGUUUUUUAUAGUAUUGUAAAAAGAAUUAAAGAAAAAUAUAAAAAAGAGGGUGCUCCAGUAAAAGAAAAAAAAGAAAAAUGUAUUAUUAUGUAA